UAAAACUCACUCAAUAAUAAACAGCAAUAUUAAUAAUUAAUUUUGCUAAAAAUGGGUUUAUCUGAAGAUACACUAGACCGCGGUUGCAGGGUACUGUAACGCCGUCAGUCCAGCGCAGGGGAGUGUAUUCCCGUGACCGAUUUUUGGAGGAUAAUCUGUACUCAUGGCGAAUAUAGUCGGAGUACGAUGUUGCAACCCUAGAAUUAUUUUUUAAGCAGUUCGGCAGCGCCCAAGGCUCUGUAAAGGUUCUGAAACCCCGCUGCGGGUAUCUGCGUAAACAAGGCAUCAGCCAGCAGACGGUUCGCGGGUAUGGAUGUGCCAGUGCUGUCCAGCACUGAGCUGGUAUCAGCCAAUGAAAUCGAAGAAAUGGAACUCCCGACGGUUGCAGUUAUUAGCUGGACAGACUCCAUGUUGCAAAGGGACAAAAGUGACUUCUUGUGUAAAAUGGAUAUCGAUUACCAACAUGACAAAUUCAACUGGACUGGUGUCGAACAACGCUACGAUUUCAUGUUUUUCCAAAAAGCAGCACAACUUCUUUUGGACCAAUUCCCUGACGAUGAAUGUGCUUCGGAUGCCGCAGAAGCAGACGCACGCAUGCUGUACGGAUUGCUACAUGCUCGCUUCAUAAUGACCGAUGCAGGUUGUGCGGAAAUGAAAAUUAAGUUUAUGCUGCGACACUUUGGUGUGUGUCCGCGUGUACAGUGCGAUAAGCAACCGGUUCUUCCAAUCGGAACAGCCGACAAUCCCUGUGUAGAUUAUGUGAAGAUUUACUGUCCGCGUUGUCGAGAUAUUUACCAUCCCUACAAGGACUACACCGAACGGUUAGAUGGAGCGUUUUUCGGCACCGGGUUUCCGCAUCAUUUUUUCAUGGUGUUCCCGGAGUUGCGUCCUCUGCCGUGUGCCCAUAGGCCUUUAGAUAUGGCUGUGAUGGGCAAUGCGAGAAGACAUGAUAACGGAGAUGCACCACCGUGGACGGGGCCACACGCUACAGGGAAAAGGUCAUCUCUGAUUAGCGAAGACGUUUUAAUUACAUCACAGUCACUGUCUUCCACUUGCUUGGACGAACGGAUGGAUAUGGAAUUUAAGUAGAUUUUUUUUGCAAUAAUGCAAUUAAAUAACCUUUAGAGUUCCUAGUACUACUAGUUAAAGAUAACUAACACUAAAUAGAUAUUAAUUAUACUACUAAUUAAAAAUUCAUUAAA